GAGGGGGGUGGGGGAUCCCGAGGCACCCGCGGCCUGUAGUCUGGGAGGGCCCAGAGCAGCUCCAGGCGGCUCGCCUUGCCACAACUUGCCCCGACCAAGCAAGCUUCAUCCUGCACCCUGGAAGAAGGAUCCAGCCCGCCGCUUCCCGCUCGGCUGAUCCUCCGCCUCUGCGGCCCGCCUGCAUCAGCAGCGCGCCUGGGAUCUGGGACCCCAGCGUCGCCCCCGUCCGCCUGCAGCGCCCGGCACCCGCCCAGGAGCGCGCAGCUGGGGUGCUGGGGAUAUAAUGGUGAGCAAGAGAAACCACGGCCCUUGUUCUCGUUGAUCCCGAAGCCCAGUGGAUGGAGUCCCCAGUCCACAGACCUGCCAGGAAAGACAAAAGUUUUCCUGAUGGUUGGUCCAAGCUAGGACUCCCGGGUGGAGUGAGGAAUGUCUGGCUUUUCCUCAACUCACUGAUCUUUGCGGUAGCCAGAGGCAGACCCCAGAAGACCCCAAGAAUAAGAAUGAGAGGCCUGAGGUCUACAAGUUGCUACUAGAAAUAUUUUUGCCUCUCCAAAACACAAUGCAGCUGCUGCACAGGUUUUUAAGGGCCCUGGGCACACGCUGACCACGCGGGGGCCGGCGCGCCCUUUGCUCCUGCUCCGGCCCCCCCACCCCCCACCCACGCUGCCAUACCAACGGCCUGGAGGCGCAGACGUUAGGCCACGACCGCCGCCUCCUCCAGGGACCCGGCCUUCUGCUCCUGAGAGGUGGGAAGGCGGCGCGGGGUAGACGACACCUCCCCCACGGAUGCCGGCAGAAGUGGCGAUUCGCUUGCAAGCAUGCCCUUCCAGAAGCACGUCUACUACCCGCUGGCCAGCGGCCUCGAGAGUCCAGACGUCCCCCCAGCCUCCGCGGCGGGCGCAGCUCCCAUGGCCUGUGUCCCUCCCAGCGCGGCAUCGGGCCACCUGCCCUUCUUCCAGUUCCGGCCGCGGCUGGAGAGCGUGGACUGGCGGCGGCUGAGCGCCAUCGACGUGGACAAAGUGGCAGGGGCCGUGGACGUGCUCACGCUGCAGGAGAACAUCAUGAACAUCACCUUCUGCAAGCUAGAGGACGAGAAGUGUCCGCACUGCCAAUCAGGGGUGGACCCGGUACUGCUGAAGCUCAUCCGCCUGGCGCAGCUCACCAUUGAGUACCUGCUGCACUCGCAGGAGUUCCUCACCUCGCAGCUGCACAUCCUGGAGGACCGGCUGCGCCUGAGCCAGGCCGACUGCGAGCAGAGCAAGCAGCUCCUCAACAAGCAGGCUGGGGAGAUCAAAUUACUCAAGGAAGAGUGUAAACGCAGGAAAAAGAUGAUCUCCACCCAACAGAUGAUGAUUGAUGCCAAAGCCAGCUAUUACCAGUGCCAUUUUUGUGACAAGGCCUUUAUGAACCAAGCUUUUCUACAGAGUCAUAUUCAGCGCCGCCACCCUGAAGAUUCUCACCUUGCGUAUAAGAAAAAGGCACAGACUGAUAAGCUCCAGAAUGAGAUUGACAUGUUGAAGGAACAGCUGCAGCUCACCAAGUCUCAGUUAGAGGCUGCACAGCACGCCCAUGCAGUCAGAUCCUCUAAGGAAUAUGAAAUGCAGAAAACAAAAGAGGAAGAAUUUCUGAAGCUAGUUGAUAGAUGGAAGGAAGAAGAAAAGGAGAAACUACUUGAUGAAAUGGAAAAAGUCAAGGAAAUGUUUAUGAAGGAGUUUAAAGAAUUAACUUCCAAGAAUUCAGCAUUAGAAUAUCAAUUGUCAGAAAUCCAGAAGUCCAAUAUGCAGAUCAAGUCCAACAUAGGCACAUUAAAAGGUGCACGUGAGCUUAAAGAAGAACGUCCUCAGUAUCCCCAGGAUUUCCAAAAUGUGAUGCAACUUCUUGACAGUCAGGAAAGCAAAUGGACAGCUCGAGUUCAAGCUCUUCAUCAAGAACACAAGAAAGAGAAGGGUCAGCUCCUGUCACAUAUAGAGAAACUUCGAACCUCAAUGAUAGAUGACCUAAAUGCAAGUAAUGUUUUCUACAAGAAAAGGAUAGAGGAGCUAGGGCAGAGACUCCAGGAACAGAAUGAACUGAUUAUCACUCAGAGACAACAGAUUAAAGAGUUUACCAGUAAACCAUUAAACAGUGUCAUUGAACCCAAAGGGAAUCCUUCAACCUGGCAAAUUUUUGAAUCUAAGUCAACUGGCCCAGCUGUACCUAUGAAUGCUCCAGCCCCACAGACUUUGGAUGCUAAGUCAAGUCUAACAGUGGCACAUGAACAGGCAUUCUCAUCGCACAUACUGGAACCAAUAGAAGAACUUUCAGAGGAAGAAAAAGGAAGGGAAAAUGAACAGAAAUUAAAUAACAAGAUCAAUUUAAGCAAAGCUUUGAAGAAUAACCCCUCUCUCACUAAGGAAAUAAGAACAGUCCUGGAGCAGAGUCUGGUGGAGAAGUUGGAAACCUUGGGGAUUAAUGCAGAUAUACGUGGCAUUCCGAGUGAUCACUUCAAUAGAGUGCUAAGGACCGUGGAAUCAGCAAGACAUGAUCGAGAAAGACAAAUACCUAACAUUCAGCAAGUUCGAGAAUUCCUUGAACAUCAGGUCAGCUGUAAAAUUAAGGAGAGAACAGAUAGGUACAGCGCUUCUCAAGUGGAUACCCCUUCAUCUGGAGAAAUACCCAAGGCAAUACAACUUCCUCCCAAAAGCAGACAAUUGAUUAGACAAAGAGCUGUUUUUACUGAUAGGACGUCUGUUCCAAAAAUUAAGAAAAACAUCAUAGAGGAUCAUUUUCCCAGAAAGUCUUCAACUAUCAUGACCUCUCCCUUUAGUUCUGAGGAAGAGCUGGAGGAUGAGGACUUCAUCCCGGCAUACACAUCUCCAGACUUACUUCCGGUGCAGUCAUCUAAAGGCAAGAGUGGCUUUGGCAGGAAAACCGUCAAAAGUGACACUGACUGGACCGAGGGCAGUGAAAUUGAGGACUCUGAUAUUUCUCCCAAGCCCACAGGAACCUCCAUUAAAACAUUAACUGAAAAAGUUGAAAAGACGGUUUCAAAUCACAGAAAUGUGAAUAAGCCAGUUGGUGGGAUUAAUAUUGCUGAAGCGUUCCUCAAAAGAGAAUUAAAAGAAGAUCUAAAGUGUGCAGACGUGGAUGAUGAUGACUGGGACAUAUCAUCAUUAGAGGAAGAAAAAUCGGGGGGGAAAAAAACUGGGAAAGAACAGAAAGAAUCUCCACCUGUGAAAAAUGAAUCAAAUUCUACACAAGUGCCAAGUGCCUGGGGUGCAUCAAAUCUUAAAGGGCCAAAAGGAGAAGGACUUCAAGAUGAAUCAAGCACAUUGAAAAGCAGCUUAGUAACUGUGACUGAUUGGAGUGACUCUUCAGAUGUAUAACUGAGAUCCCACAUGUCAGAACAUCCAGAUGCCGACAGUAUUUCAGUAUCACAGUAUUUCAAUCAUCUGCCAGCAUGAUUCAAAUGCUCCUGCCUUACAGUAUUUCCUACAGUAACAAAGAAGCUGACUCAAAGAACAAGGGUCUUUUUAAUGGCACCUAAUACAGUAUUGAAAAACAAAAUUGUCAACAGCAUUUUGAAGCAUAUAAAGGUGUUUAAGACUUCUGCUGCUUAAAUAUGACAUGUCAUUGAAGUCAUAGAAAGUUUCUUCUUCAGAACGGUACUCUAGUGUUUAAGUAUAUUUUUUUCAACUAAUUUUAAAGUGAAAAAAUUUUUUUUAAUUAUAGCAGGUUUUAGUUUGAAUUAAAACUUUUAAAAUAGCUUUCCUAUAUAUGUUAUCACAUUGGAAGUGUUUUAUUAUAAAAUUCUGUUGGUGUCCUUAAAAUUGAAUUAGUGAAAUCUUAAGGGUAUAUUGGUUCUUUUUCAUAUAGAAGCUUAGAAUUAUAAUAUAGCUAGGCCCAUGUUAAAUACAUUUCCCAGAAGUACCUUUACCAUAUGCAGCUUUGAGCCAUUGUAAGCAUGUUGUUAUUUAACAAUUAUUUUAGAAAUUUAAAUACCAUUUCUGCAGCAUAAUCUUUACCUGGGAUAUUUUUAUGAAUAAAAUGUAGCUAUUAUAAGUGUCAAUUAAAUUAUCAGAAUAUGAAUAGAAAAGAUUGAGUCAUUACUGAAUUCAUAUGUAUAUGUGGGGUUUUUUUUCACUUUUUAAAAAUGCCCAACCUGUAUUAUAAAAUACAUCAAAACUAAUUUAGUUCUUCUAUUCGUAGCAAUGACAUGUCAAUGGUUAGAAAGUUCAUAUAGGUUCUUUUUUGCAUUUUUUAAACUUUGUGGUAUAAUCUGUACUCUGUUUCCCAAAAAAGUAACUUUUUUUUUAUUCGUUUCAAGUGUACAAAACCAAAAAAGUAACUUUUUAACUAAAUAGUUUGUUGGGUUUGGGAUCUCUUUUUAUUUUGUUAACCUUUCAAGUAAAGCACUCCAUU